UCACCAUGAACCAGAGCUUUAAAAGCUGCCAGAUUGCACUUUUCAUGAAUAAACCUUGCAGCAAAACCUCGGGUUGCAGCUCACCAUGAAAACUACUUCCGCUCUUGUUUUGGCUCUCAGUUGCUUGACAAGUAUUUUGGCAAAUGUUAUGGUUCAAGAAGGAAAGUACAUGUUCCCUCUGGAGGAUGUGAAGAAGCUGUGGACGUUGAUGAGCACUCAGAAUAAAAGUAACCUAGAUACUAGCGGCUCUGUCUCAACCAAGCUCUGCCCUUGCUCUACACUACCAAAGGUGUUUCAAUCAGUUUGCUCCUUGGAAGAUGCUGAUAAAGUUUUUCUCAGGCUGGAGCUAUUAGCAAAGAGUGCUGACAUGUGUGAAAUCUGCGCCUAUGCUGCCUGCACCGGCUGUAACUCGGUGAAUAUUACAAAAGUACUGUAAAGCUGCAUAAUUGAAUGAAUGUAGCUGACAGGACCAUUUGAUGAAUAGUUACAUCACGUACAGUAUAGUCUUCUGUUUAUAGUACUAGAGUCUGUCAGUAUGCAGAGUGAUCGCUGCAAUAUGACUUGCAAUAUCACAUGGGACGCUGCAGCCAGAGAGGUAGAGCUGUGACAACGCUAAUCCUGUGACCAUCCCCUUGAUCAGACAACCACCAAGUGAUGGCCUUCACUACCACACUCACCUCUAUGAUUUGUCCUGCCAGUUUACAUCUGCCUUAAUAGGGAAAUUUCUAAUGACUUUUCUGGAAUUGGAUAAAGCUCCACAAAGCAGUGCGGUGAUGUAGUGCGUAGUACAUCUGGCUGGUGACCCCAGAGUCCCAGGUCGAAUCCUGACCUGUGUGGAGUUUACAACUGCUCCUUGUGACCAUGUGGGUUUUCUGUGGGUCCUCUGGCUUCAUCCCCAUCUGUUUAAAGUGAUUUGAUUGGGUUAAUUGGCUGCUGUAAAUUUCCCAUGAGCUGCUAGGAAUUGAUGGGAAUGUGUUUUGGGGAAAAUUUCAGGGGACAUGGGAUCCCUCAGUAAACUAGCAUAGACUUGAUGAGCAGAAUGUCUUCUUUCUAUGUUGUAUGAAAUUAUUAAAAUGAAAGGUUAUAAUAAAAGUCUCUGGGGUUG